ACAAUGGUACAGGCAGCCUCCCGCUGCACAAUGGUUUCCAGGCAGUGAGAGGGUGAUUCAGCAAGCCGCUCUCUCUUCUCUUAAGCCUCCUCGUCGUCUCAGUUUAUUUUUAUGGGGGGUGGGUGGUGCUUCUUAUAUGCUUACCCUUUUUUUUUUCUAUUUUCAUUUUUACAAAUUUCCUUUUUCCUCCUCACUCCUCAAUUACUAGGGGCUUGAGUGAGCUAAAGAUUGGGUCUUCUUGGAAAUCACCUGUCUGUUAUUAUUUUUAAACAAUCGCUACACCUCCAAAGACUCUGCUCCUUACUCCGGUUUGGAAUGUGGCUAAUGACUACCCAGUAGGGAGGAUUUCUGGGGCAAACAGCCGGACCAGGAUCCUAGUUCUCAGGCACGGAAUGGCUAUUGUGAGAACAGCACCAGCAGGAUCAUCGCAGAUCUUGGUUAUGGCCACUCAGGCAAGACGCUGUUGAGUUAAGACCCCUUUCCCAUAGAUGAGAAGCCACAGAAGCAGUGAACCUACGAAUCAUUGACCUGAAACACUCACUGGAAAAAAAGACUGUAUUUUCAACAAAUGGCGUUGGGACCAUGAGAUAUCUGUAUGCACAUGAAUGAAACAAGUCUCAGACUCUCUGUUUACACAAACACCAACUCCAACUGGACCAGGAACCUCAGUGUAAGAUCUGAAAUUCUUAAACGCCUUGAGGAAACAUUAGAGAAUACUCCUUAAGACACUGACACAGAUGAAGGCGUUCUGAAUUGACCACUGCUCAGGAAAUGAAGCCAACCCUUGACAGAGCUGCUGUACCGUAUUUAUGAGCCUCCAUUUCUUAUACUACUGCAGUGAACCAACCUUGGAUGUGAAAAUUGCCUUUUGUCAGGUGUGUGUUCCUUACAGGUAAAACAAGGGAUUCGAUAAACACGUGGAUGUGUCAUCUAUUGCCAAACAUUACAACAUGAGCAAAAGCAAGGUGGACAACCAGUUCUACAGUGUGGAAGUGGGGGACUCAACCUUCACCGUUCUUAAGCGCUACCAGAACCUGAAGCCAAUUGGCUCUGGGGCUCAGGGAAUAGUCUGUGCUGCGUACGACGCUGUCCUUGACAGAAAUGUGGCCAUUAAGAAGCUCAGCAGACCCUUCCAGAACCAAACUCACGCCAAGAGGGCUUACCGGGAGCUGGUCCUCAUGAAGUGUGUGAACCAUAAAAACAUUAUUAGCUUAUUAAAUGUUUUUACACCCCAGAAAACACUGGAGGAGUUCCAAGAUGUCUACUUAGUGAUGGAACUGAUGGACGCCAACCUGUGUCAGGUGAUUCAGAUGGAGCUGGACCACGAGCGGAUGUCUUACUUGCUGUACCAGAUGCUGUGUGGCAUCAAGCACCUCCACUCCGCUGGGAUCAUCCACAGGGACUUAAAACCCAGUAACAUUGUAGUCAAGUCUGAUUGCACACUGAAAAUCCUCGACUUCGGACUGGCCAGGACAGCGGGUACAAGCUUCAUGAUGACUCCGUAUGUGGUGACGCGAUAUUACAGAGCCCCUGAGGUCAUCCUGGGCAUGGGCUACAAGGAGAACGUGGACAUAUGGUCUGUGGGAUGCAUCAUGGGAGAAAUGGUUCGCCACAAAAUCCUCUUUCCCGGAAGGGACUAUAUUGACCAGUGGAACAAAGUCAUCGAGCAGCUAGGAACUCCGUGUCCAGAGUUCAUGAAGAAAUUGCAGCCCACAGUCAGAAACUACGUGGAGAAUCGGCCCAAGUACGCAGGACUCACCUUCCCCAAGCUCUUUCCAGAUUCCCUCUUCCCAGCGGAUUCUGAGCACAAUAAACUUAAAGCCAGCCAAGCCAGGGAUUUGUUGUCUAAGAUGUUAGUGAUUGACCCAGCGAAGAGGAUAUCGGUGGACGACGCACUGCAGCAUCCGUACAUCAACGUUUGGUACGACCCGGCUGAAGUGGAGGCGCCUCCGCCUCAGAUAUAUGAUAAGCAGCUGGAUGAAAGGGAGCACACCAUCGAAGAAUGGAAAGAACUUAUCUACAAGGAGGUAAUGAACUCAGAAGAGAAGACUAAGAAUGGCGUAGUCAAAGGCCAGCCCUCGCCUUCAGCACAGGUGCAGCAGUGAACAGCAGUGAGAGUCUCCCUCCAUCCUCGUCUGUCAACGACAUCUCCUCCAUGUCCACCGACCAGACCCUCGCAUCUGACACUGACAGCAGCCUGGAGGCCUCGGCGGGACCGUUGGGUUGUUGCAGGUGACUAGCCGCCUGCCUGCGAAACCCAGCGUUCUUCAGGAGAUGACGCGAUAGAACACAGCACACAUGCACACACACAGCUUGCUCUCACACACACUCAGCUUGCUCACACACACACACACACAUACACACAAACACACACUGUCUCUCUCUCACACACACACACUGUCACAACGCACUCACGAAAGGUCAAGAAAAAAAUAACAAUAGAGAGAUCCAACAUAAAAUUAAGUUAAAUUUUUCUGCGUGCUUCUCCAAAGUUCUGUAUCACAGCUGAGCUGAAAUGUAUACUUAACUUCUAGUUGCGCUCGCUUUGGUUUCCCUCCAGCAGUGCUUACUACACAAGACAAAUCAGACACAAUUAGAGAAACCUUUCCCUAAAGUGUAACUUAAGUGGCUGCAGAACCAGCAACCUGUAACUGCCCUUCAAAUGGCAUGAGGAGGUGGGCACGGGUCCCGCCCAGCAUGUGUGUGUCUCUAUCUCGCGUCUACCUGCUCUUCCGGCCUAGUCAGAUGGAUGUAGAUACAGAUCCCGCAUGUGUCUGUAUUCAAACAGCACUUAGAGAUGCUCCUGUCAGUGUCCUCCAGGCUCCACCAAGACACACACCGGGGUACCACAUGGUCCAUUUCAUGUGAUCUAUUACUCUGACAUAAAUCCAUCUGUAAUAUAUUGCCAGUAUAUAAGCUGUUUAGUUUGUUAAUUGAUUAAGCUGUAUGUCUUAUAAGAGACUAUGUAAAGGGGGAAAAUGGAGGCGUGAACUCUCAGACCCUUGAAGAUGUAGCUUCCGAAUUUGAACCGAUUAAAUGGCACCUGUAUACCAAUUUGUAGAAAGAACAUAUGUGAUGCUUAAAUCCAGGGUGGGGGGAGGGAGGGAGCAAUAGCUUUCAGGUUCUAAAUAGGGUUGUCCUUUAGAUGGAAGAUGUGAGUCAAAGCCAAGGGCGCUCUCUCUGGAAGUCAGUGAGUAGCAGGGACCAGAGCGUAUUGCUGCAGUAUAGACUGAACGGAAGGAAACCACUGCCCAGGGGCCGGGGGAUGGCGCAUCUGUGUUCUAAACAUUGGACACUAUUGUUUAUUUUUAAAAUUACGGUCAAAAGAGCAAGUUGCUGAAGGAAGGGACAGGCGUCAAGACAGGAUCAUUGUGCACAAAUCCCGGGUGGUAAAAGCCCUUUCCCGAGACACAGUGGAGAGACCUUCAUGUGACUGACUUUAGAGAAGAUUGAUGGAGAUUAUAGGGCAUGUUUCCCAUGUGUGAGCUGCUUCCCAGAGUCCUCCCCUGCUGAUAUUUUAUUCCCUCUUCUGGAAUUGGAUAACAUAAUUAAAAUAAAAUCCCCAAAGCACACAGAGAGAUCUUCAGGAUAGCAUCUCCAAGCAUCUUCAUGGGCUGUGUUUUCCCUCAGAGGGAUUUCCCAGGCCCCUUGGUAUGACUGGUGUUUCAUACUUAUUGAUGUAUUUUCAUAGAUGUGUGUAAUCUGAGAAGGGCUGAUAACCUGACUUUUGUACUGCAGUAGAUACACGAGAGCAAUAACGCCGUGCCAACGUAGCUCCUACUAGCUAGCAUUAGCAGCGACUUUGUCCUAAAGCCAUGAAACGUUUGUGUGUUUAGUGAAAUCAUCUGAAUUUAGCUCAAAUCCCCGAGAGAUCCUAUCUGAGCACUCAGAGAGGCACUGUGAAACAUCGUGGUUAUAUACAAGGCAAUGCCUGUGUGGCUUCUGAGCAAUAACAGGCCAGGCCUGGCUUCCCUUCUUCCUCCCUUGGGUGAAGCAUCCACUACAGUUAUUUGCACUCUGGCCACUUUGGUGCUCACCCCUGUGGUGAUAUUUCACCUGAGGAAAAGUGGAACGUGUGAGCAGAUGAAGGUAAUGGGCCUGGCAGAUGGGAAAGCCUUGACUACAGAGGAAACAGCAAUGCCGGGGCUCUGCAAACUGCCUUAAACCCAACAGCGUGGAAGAUCUUCUCUCUUCAAGCAAUAGUCAGUCAGAAGCCUCAGACCCAUCCCCAACUCCUGCCACCACCACAUCCCUCCAUUCCCAACAAAUACACACACACACACACACACACACACACACUACAUACAGACAACACACUGCUGUGUGGCCAUUCCUGGGAUUGCUUCCCACAGCACGGUUCAUUGCAAGACGUGAUAUUGAAAAGGGAGAGAAGAGAAGUGGUGGGCGGGAGCUAGCUAGCUACCUUCAGAUCUUAGAGGGUGCAGCUCAUUCCCCUGGAUAAAGAUAUCCGUCUGUAGCUGGAUCUUUUGGUUAAUGUUGUGGACAAAGUGAUCUUUAUAAACACUGAUUCAUUUUCAUGAUCUCUCUCCCUUUCCCAUCUACCUUCGUUCUUUUUUUUUUUCUAUUUCUUAACUUACCUGUAUUCUCUUCUUUUUCUGUAGUUUGCUUUUAUGAGUGUGAUCUCUGCACUCCCUCACCCUAUAUCACACCAGAUUAAUGCCCAGACAACUGCUUGAUAGAAACAAGUUUCAAGGGGGAAUUCCAUAAUAAUCAAGAUGGUGACAGACAGGCAGGGCUCUCAGCGGAAUGGCGGAUGUGCUUAACAGUCAGGAUCCUACUGACAAGUGCUGACCAUUUCUACUGGGUAGAUGAAAGCAGGCAAAUCAGAUUACCUCGUCUUCCCCUCCUUCAGGUUAGCCUGGGUACCAGUAGCACGUCUCCUAGUGGCCGGCACCCUUGGACAGAGAUCCCCCAUGGACAAGAAAAUAGGAAGCAAAUCUCUUGGGUUUUAAAUAGCACAUUGAGGGAAAGAUGAACAUUUAGCUCCUGGAUCUCAUGAAGGAUUGGUUUUUAGCUAAGCCAGGGAUGGAUGGAGGAGAAACAACCCUGAGGGUCAAUGUCAAAACAUUCCCAUUGAGACCCCCAAUGCUCUGAGAAUGUUCACAGUAUACAUUAUGCCCUCUAGUGGGUCUUGCUAGGAAAAAAAAAAACCCAGUAUUUAUUUUAUGUAAUAUCGGUUACACACAAGAGUGUUCUUGUUUUGGGGGCAGAGAACUGUUCUGAGACCUGGACUGUGUUUGUGGAAGAUUCAAAGGAGCUUCAUGUAUUCAUUUUGCAACAGAAGGUUGGCAUAGUGAGGACUUACAAAUCUGUCCCUUCAGUAGGCAACCUUGGUCCUUAAUAUGUUCCAUGGUGUUCUGUAGAAAGGGAGAGGGUGUAUUUUUUUGCUGGUUAGGGAGUGUUUGGUGGGUCAGUGUGAUCAUUUUUUCCAAUGGGAUACAUUGACCUUAUAGCCCAAUUUUUUUCUUGUGCAAUAAAGAUGGAAACUAAUACUUCAUCUCUCAGAAUCCAUCAUUAGAGCUUCAUAGGUCUUUAUCCCAGGGCUGGACUAGGAUGUAGCCAAGUCUUAGCAGUUGGAGGAAACAUGCUCACUUGAUGGCUCAGUGGUAGCGUGGCUGGCUUCUCUCAGUCAGUUAUCACUACCAGAACGAGUAUCAUAUAAAGGCACCGAUAACAGCUGACCAGUAGAUGAGAGAGACUUGGUCAUGGAGCAUAGAACAAACUGAAUGCAUGAACAAGACAUCAUUCUGUGAUCUGUUAGGGCAAAGACUAACUGGUCUCAUUCUACAGCUCUUAAGUAUUUACCACAGAGGCCAGGUUAUACAAAAUCUACUGCUGUUCCGUUUUCUUAGCAAAUAAGAACGUACUGUGUUCUGUAAAGAAUUUUGUUAAUUAACUUUGCUGGGAAAGAUAAUGUUUAUGAUCCAGAGAGAGCAGAGAAGUCUUUGGGGGGUGUGGAUUUUGAUCCCAGCUUCUUUGGGUCUGAAGAGCAAUCCUCUCACCACUCCAACACUCCUGCCCUCAUGGAUACGUGCACAUGUUAACUUCAAGAGUCCACUGUCUUCCACGUGUAGCCUUAGAAAUGGCACUAACUAAACAAACUAAAAAUGGAGAAUGUAAACAACCAAAUCAGUCAUUUUCCUUGCGACUAAAAUAUAAACGGUAUCUCCUCUUUGGGCACCCAGAGAGAUCUUUGUUAAUUCACUUUGGUCAGUCAAAGCGAAGUGGUAGAAUUUUUUUUUUUUUACAUGUGAACUGUUCAUUUUAUUCUUGCUCAUGUGGGACCAACGGCCAGUAUAUCCCAGUAGAGAUGAAUUUCCCAGCCCUCAUUUGCCACCAUUUGUCCUCCGUGUCAUAGGACAAUAGCAGGGUGCCUACCUUUGCCUGCUAUUCUGCAUGACUGGACCCCCCCCCAAAAAAAACUACUGAUGAAGAGAAUUGUCCUAUGUCAGUGUUUAUGAGAUGUGUCUACAGCACCCCCCCCCCACACACACACAUGUUCACAUUUGCCCAUAUAGUUCUCUCAACCUGGAAGCCAAAAUCAUGUAUGUCCAAUCUCGUUGCAAAGUCGUGGAGGUGAGACAGGCUGUCACUAGCCUGAUAGGUUUGUUGUGCUCUCAAUGGUGUCAAAUAUGGGAUCAAACUCAUUCAAUCCAUGUCUGUGUUCUUUCUCACGUUCUUUUCCAUUUUUCUCUCAUUUUAAAUAUGUCUGUGGAAAAGAGCAUGAAUUGAAGAAUUUGAAUUCUUUAGACUCUUCACAGUUGGAACCAAGUCAACGUAUUGUAAUUUGUAUGUCUUAUGAAUCAUUAAAGCUGAAGGAAAUACGCUUCCCUUCUCAUAAAACCAAACAAAA